AUGGCAACUCCUAAGUUCAACUCAAAGUCACCGACUAUACGGCGCAUAUUGCGCGAAGCCCAAGAACUCUCCAGCUCUCCAUCACCAGAUUAUACGGCUACUCCAUUAGAAUCAGAUCUAUUCGAAUGGCACUUCACUUUCCGCGGGCCACCCAACUCCUCCUACAGCGAAGGCAUCUACCAUGGCCGUAUCGUGUUGCCGCCUACAUAUCCUCUCCGCCCGCCGAGUUUCCGGUUCCUUACACCCAGCGGCCGUUUCGAAACCAACAGGGAGAUUUGUCUAAGCAUCAGCGGCCACCACGAAGAGACGUGGCAGCCUGCGUGGGGCGUGAGGACUGCACUCGUCGCGUUGCGCAGCUUCAUGGAGACGGACCCCCGAGGCCAGCUGGGCGGCCUCGAGACAAGCGAUUCUGUGCGGAAGCGUCAUGCCAUCGCAUCGCACACAUUCAAAUGCCCAACGUGUGCAAAGACAAAUACUGAAAUCAUCCAAGAAUGUGAAGAAUCGGCCAAGGCCAAUUCCGACUCACCAGAUUCAGCGACUGAAGUUGAGAUACCCUCCGAGCUGAAGCUUGGAUACAAGGAUGAGAUGACUGAGUCUAAGGUCUUAGAAGGAGGAUCCACGGAAGCAGUGACACCGGUGCCUCCGACACCAAGAACCGAACCGGCGGAUGCAGAGAGUGCCGAGCUGGCCGAGGGCUUUGUUCGUACGGCACCUGAGACAGUCGUGGCGGCCAGUUCGGCAUCAACAUCACAAUCACCAGCAACGGCGGCAUCUUACCCUCCUGCGCGUCCAGGUCAAGGGAUUAUCACCCCUACACGGACGGUCUCGCUGCCUCCGGCCCCAAAUCUUAGUGUUCGCCCCCAGGCACCUCCUACCACCCGUGCGUAUGACGAAGGCGUACCACUGUGGGUUGAUCGAGCCAUUGUUGUUCUCGUUGUACUUCUGCUGGCCAUGAUUCUCAAAGUCUUGCUUGACUUUUAG